AUGUCGCAUCAAGAAGCUGCCGAAGGCAUGGAUGGAGUUGAAAUGACUGGCACAGCCAACGACAUACCUCCUUUGAGCGAGCAAGAGAAACGCAUUUUAGAAGUGUAUGAUAAAUUGGAGGAACUUCAAGUCGAAAUCGCUCUUUUGAAAGCUCAAGGUGUUAUAUCUUCAGAAGAGCAAGAAGAAGAAGUCACCGACGAAGUUAUCCAAAAGGCAGAGGAAGACCUUCUCGAGUCAAAAGCCAAUUAUUCAUUGCGGUCGAAAAUCAUUGAGAAUGUGGUUAUUGUCAAUCCUAUAUUGAAGGCAGUUCAUGCUGGCAGUAAUGCUUCGGUCAUAGAGCAGGACCUCCUACCACUCAUCGAAAAACGUGAUACUCUGUCCGAAAAUCUGGCUCAGAUAUCUAACAAAAUCCAAUCAUCAAGAGAAGAGUUGAUGAGAGAGUCCAAUGAGAACAUUAUUACAGGAAGGAAGAACAUCGAAUUGGCUACAGAAAUGUUGGCUCUAGCAGAAGAAGCGAAUAGUCAGGGGAAAGAACAUAUACAAGACCCAGAUAUUCGUGCACAGUUGGAUGAAUUGGAAGGAGCGAUGAAGAAUAGUAGACAGAGAUGGAGGAUCAUGAAGAAUACUGCUAGUGCUGUGAUAGUGGGUAGUGGUGUUGAUUGGGCGAGAGAUCCUAAGUUAUUAGAAAUUGUCCUUGAUGAUGAUGGGGAUCAAUAA